AUCCGAGCUGCUGAGCGGUGGCAGCACCUGGCCCGUGCUGCGUGUGGGCUGUGGGGGUUCCUAAGACGGGGUUACGUGGGGGCUCGGAGGCCGCGCUUAGAAGGAGAAAGAUAUUACAAGCGUUUGUUUUCUUAUGUUAGGACAGGAAGAAAGGGAGGGAGUUUUACUGAGCGUCAGGCAUUGGGGGUCUGAGCAGGAGAGGGGCCCAAAUGGUUUAGACGCUGCCCGUUCACAAAGGCCCUUCAGGUGACUCGGACGUACCUGGGAGCAGAACCCAAGCCGCCUGGGAGCCGGCCGAGGGCAUUUCCCACAGGGCAGAUGUCCACCCAGCCCCUCGUCCAGGAGGACAGCCCGUGAGGAUGGAGGGUGGUGUCUGGGGUCCUGGGGAGGUUCCCAGAGUCAGUGCUGGCCAAGGCUGCCUCUUCCAGGCAGGCAGGCUGUCUUGUUGAGAAGGGCGGGGACAGGAAUUGUCGUCCGGAGGCCAGAGCACGGAAAUCACUCCAGGACACUUGCAAACCGCACCUUUUCCUGUAAGUGUCCCUCGGGUGUCGCGAUUCCCCACUCCGCUCCCUAGUGAGCAAAGGGGCCCAGGAUCCUGCGUCCUGGCUGCGAUUCUCAGACUCGAUCCGGCCCUUCCCUUCUGUCCACAGCAUCUCCAGUGCUGGGACCGCAUGUGGCCAUGGACCCGGAGGCCUCCGUGUCUUCUUUGACGGCACAGCCGUUUCCCCCACCUGCUGCUGGCGCCUCGCACUGGUCACCCCGGGGGCAGCACUCGCCGCCCCACGUGACCCCGCCAUUCACGCCUGGCAGCCCCGUGGUGCUGCCCACUUUCUGCAGGACACCGCUGGUGGCAGGAGAUGCCGUCCAUGGCCCGGGUGGGACCCGGGCCUGUAACGUCAUCGUCCAGGUCAGGUCAGAGUGGGGGCCCGCAGAUGCCCCCCAGACUCAGACCGUCGUCCUCACCCAGGCCCCCGCUCACUGGAGUCCUCCCGGGGCCCUCUGUGGGGGUGCUGCAUGCCCCACACCCCUGUUCCUGGCAACGUCGGCAGCGGGGAGCCCCGUGUCCGCCCCAGCCGUCGGGGGCACCUGGGCCGGCAAGGGAGGCUCCACCCCAGACCUUCGACCUCAGGCUCCCCCCCCGGCUGUCCGGCGGGCCCCCAUGGUGCCCCCGGGGACCGCAGGGCCGCAGCCCCCCGCAGCUGCCAGGGAGGGCAGCCUGGCCAGCGGCCCCGCCAAGGCCUCGCCCGCGGACUCCUGUAGCCCCAAGAGUGUGUACGAGAACUUCCGGCGCUGGCAGUGCUUCAAGGUCCUGGCCCGCAGGCACCUCCCGCAGAGCCCCGACGCCGAAGCCCUCUCCUGCUUUCUCAUCCCGGUGCUUCGGUCCCUGGCCCGCCUGAAGCCCACCAUGACGCUGGAGGAGGGAGUGUGGCGGGCCGUGCAGGAGUGGCAGUGCAGAAGCAACUUUGACCGGGUCAUCUACUACGAGAUGGCAGGAAAGUUCAUGGAGUUUGAGGCAGAGGAGGAGAAACAGAUUCAGAAGCUGCAGUGGGUGAAGGUGGCCCAGGGCGCAUCUGCUCCAGCCCCACCCAAGCCUGGAACACAGGGGUCCCCAGCCCUGGAGGGGGGCCGGCAGCCAGCCUGCAUUCCCAGGAAGGCCGGCUCCAGGGCCCAGCCACCCUGCCCGCAGCCACACAGACCCCCGCAGCCCAAGGCACCCAAGGAGAUCCCCUCUGAGGCUGUGAGAGAGUACGUGGACAUCAUGGAGGGGCUGCUGGGGCCUGCCUGCUCAGCCCCGGGGGCGCUAGCGGGUGAAUGGGGACAGGACGGAGAGGAGCCACGGCAGGACGAGGACGCCAUCUACCUGGACCCGGGUCUUCUCAGCUACAUUGACAAGCUGUGUUCCCAGGAAGACUUCAUCACCAAGGUGGAGGCAGUCAUUCACCCGCGAUUCCUGGCAGAACUGCUUUCUUCAGAACCACAGCUGGAUCUUUUGGCCCUCGCUGAGAAAUUGGAGCAGGAGGAAGGACUCUCCCUUGCAGAGCUGGUAGAGAAGAGACUGCUGGCCUUGGCGGUGGAGGACGGUGUGCCCACAACCCCGAGUCACUGUGCAGCGACACUGGGCUCCGGGCCUGAGGGUGAGGCCAGGGCCCGGCCAGGGGUCAGCCGUGAAGCCUGCCCAGCAGAGAGCGAGUGCCAGGACCUCCGGAGGCACAGCCAGGCACACGCCCACCCGUGCAGACCCAGAGCCUUUGCCGCAUCUCCAGGACAACAGGAGCUGCCUGCCCUCCGGGCUGGUGGGCUCUCCUCUCCUCCCCAGGGGCCAGGGCGCACCCCUCCUCGGCCGGGCCCCAGGGAUGCCCCCGUGUUCAGAGAGGCCCCCCCUGCUAGGGAGCCUGGCGGGCCAGCAGAUGGGUCCAGUGAGGACGAGGAGGAGCUGCCCAGCCUGGCCUUCCUCCUGGCCUCUGGGCACAGCCUGCUGCCCUGGGGGCUGUCCCAGAGUCCUGCUCCGGCCCCGGGCCUCCCCAGCCCUGGAGGGCGCGGGCCGCGGGGAGCUCCCCAGGCCCCCGCUGCUCAGAGAAUAGGCCGCAGCCCAGCCGCUCCCCCAGCUGCCAAGUCCAGAAAGCGGGCUCUGCGUGCGGGUCUGGCCGCUGCCGGGAAGACGCCCCUCCCAGGGGCCAGCCUCAGGGGCUCGGUGCGGGCCCUGGCCGUGGGGCUGCUUCGGCCCUCUCUGCCUCCAAAGAGAAGGUGUGGCUCCUUUGUCCCAGGGAGGAGGAAGAAGCAGCACUGCAGCCCGUAGGGAGCCCUGGGCCCACCCUUCAGUGCUGAUCCUGGCUGGGGGGAGAGGGGGAGGGCACGACUGCGGGCGGGGUGGCAGCAGCCCCCAGGGGCGCUGCGUGUAUGUGGGAAUAAAGAUGGUUUUG